CCAACCCAUCCAUCAUCACCAAAAGAAAAGUGUGGGGACAAAAAUAAGAGGGUUUGCUCCUUUCUCUUGCUUUUCUCGCCGCUGGGACGGAAUCAACCAAACAAGAACCUAUUAUUUUUUGUUUAAUUUUUGUCUCACGACAUUAGAUUAGUUAAUCACUUAAUUUGCACAAUAAUAAACAAUUUCUUGUUAAUUAAAUCUUCUUCGAGUUCUUUUGGGAAAUCUUCUUCUAAUUCCAUUAUAAGUCGAAUUCCAAUUCAUAUAUACAAAUUUCGGGCUACUCGUAGGCUCUCUGUCUCUGCCUCUGUCUCUCUUCUUUUACCCACAACCAAAGAAUCCAAACGAUUCCGUCUCUCUCUUUCUCUGCUUAUCUCAGUUUGUUUUCUCUCCAGUGUGGCUUAAAUUGUACCAACGACCUGUUCAGCGAAUUACAAAGGCGUUGGGAAUUCGUAAAUAGAAGGGAGAGGGUACUGGUUCGCAGGGGCACUGGAACUUCUGCGAAGCUUGGCAUCCUCUCUCAUUAUCUAGCUUCCAUAACAUCCUGGAGAGGAAAGUUUGAUUGAUCAUAUUGCGGAAUCACUCGUCAAGUUUUUAUACUAAAGAAAGAGGUCGAAGCUGAAUAUGGGUGCUGUUUGUUGUUGUUUGCAUGAUGACAGCUUCGAAGAUUAUAUGAAUCCAAAUAAUCCUGUAUAUAGAAACUGCUUGUGCCUUAGUUGUUUUGUUCAAAACUUCUUAAAUGUGUAUGCCUCCUUAUUCCGUAGAGGGGAAGUGCAUUCUGUUCCAUCUUCCAUUCAGGGGUACCUUCAACCUUUAUGUACAGAGUACACUCCAGAGAACCCCAAGAUAAUGACAAAAUGUUCUCACCAUUUCCACCUUGGCUGCAUUUAUGAAUGGAUGGAGAGAAGUGACAGCUGCCCUGUUUGUGGGAAGGUGAUGGUAUUCGAUGAAACGACUUGAUCCUGGUUGGAAGGUUUAUGUCGUGGAGAUGAAACCAGCAACAACAGGAAAAAAAAGAAACUAAAGGAGACAUGUAGAAAUACUUUGUGAAUAUUCCAGGUUCCGUUUGUCAUAUUCGUAUAUAUAAGAAAGUGUUAUGAGUUGCUUUCCAAAUGUUCGUUUUUUCUUCUCAGGGAAAAGAGAGUUUUUUCCGUCCAUAUUUAUUACUUGUUAUAGUUUCCUGAGAACCGUUGUUUACAACUCUUACACGGGGAAAGAGAAGUUAAUGGAAUGAAACUGUUUGUAUC